AUGGCUCCAUCUACUAAAGCUACUGCUGCUAAAAAGGCUGUUGUUAAAGGUACCAAUGGUAAAAAAGCUUUGAAAGUUAGAUCAUCUGCUACUUUCAGAUUACCAAAGACCUUGAAAUUGGCUAGAAACCCAAAGUACGCCAGCACUGUUGUUCCACACUACAACAGAUUAGAUUCUUACAAAGUUAUUGAACAACCAAUUACUUCUGAAUCUGCUAUGAAGAAAGUUGAAGAUGGUAACAUUUUGGUUUUCCAAGUUUCUUUGAAAGCUAACAAAAACCAAAUUAAGAAGGCUGUUAAAGAAUUAUACGAAGUUGAUGUCUUGAAGGUUAACACUUUGGUUAAACCAAAUGGUACCAAGAAAGCUUACGUCAGAUUAACUGCUGACUACGAUGCUUUGGAUAUUGCUUCUAGAAUUGGUUACAUUUAA